AUGGCAGCGACGUGCGGCGCGCUCUACCCGCGGGCCGGGAAGCUCGUCUUCGAGCUCAAGACGCAGCUCGGGUACCUCGACCAGGGCGCAAGCAGCAGCACCGAGAUGCAGGCCCGGGAGACCGCGGCCGCGCUCCGCUCGCUCAUCGACCAGCUCGACUCGCUCGUCUACUCGGAGAACCCCGCCGGCAGAGACAUUUGGAUGAAGAAGGUCCAGCAGCUCCGCGAAGACUACGCGCUUCUCAACAACACGCUCGAGCAGCGCUGUAUCCAGUCGAGCCGAUCGCAGAUCGAGCUCCAGGAGCGCCAGAAGCUCCUCUCGCGCCGCGGCAAUGCUGCGCAGAACGACAUUGCGAUGCUCUCGCACGAGUACGACUCGCUCGGCCGUUCGUCGCGCAUGGUCAACGACCUCACCGACCUCUCGUACGCGACCCUUGGCAACCUCAGCGACCAGCGCGACCGCAUGAAGGGCGUCCAGCGCAAGGUCCUCGACGUGGCCAACCGCCUCGGCCUCUCGGGCUCGCUCCUGCGCAUCAUCGAGCGAAGAGACACGGUCGACAAGUGGAUCGUAUAUGGCGGGAUGGUCCUCGUACUCGGCUUUAUGUAUGUGUGCGUCGCGUACCUCCGCGGGUAA